AUGACCGCAAACGAGACUAUCAGUACCAACAACACCAACAAUAUGAACAUUACAGGGUUGAAUCUUGCGGGAAACGACCUUCUGCAAGCGAUCAGCGUAGGUGGCCUUCCUGCACUCGAGGUUGUCGCUGCGUCUGGCGACACCUUUCCACCUCUGAAGGCGGCUGUCGUUGAGGCAUUGGCCAUAAUCGGAAUCGUCAAGAAAUUCAAGAUCAAUAAGAAGGAUUGGGCCGCUUUUUCGGGGAGUCUCAUUCGGAAGGUCGAGGAGAUUGUUCAGGCUAUCUGUCAAUACAACGAGAGUCGAAUUCCAUUGACUUUGCAAUCAAAUGUUGAGAAUCUGAAAGGCAUUUUGGAUCAUAUGAAAGAAAAUGUGAUGAAGAUCCAACAACAGACCUCAUUCAAGAGAGUAGCCAAUUUUAGAAAAGAUCCAGAACAAAUUGAGGGAUUCCAGGCCAGGCUGAAUGCACUUGCCUCUCUUGGGGUUGGUGUCGAGGGAAGUUUGCAAAAAGCAAAUGCCAAGGAGAGGGAGAUUUUGGAAGAUACUAGAACACCAGAGGCCACCAAGGCUAUCAAGAGGGAGAAUAUUGUUGAAAGGCCUGCAGCUACGGAAAAUGUACCUCAGGUAAAUGUGCUUAAUCAGGCACAUGAUUUUCAAAUCAAUGAUAGUGUAUUCAAUUCUGCAAAUACUAUCAAUAUCAAUGACAACAGGGAAAUUGAAGCCAAGAUAGCAGAUGCAGCAGAUCAGUUAAAGGUGGAAAAAUGGCUGCAAGAGCUUAGAGCUCCAUCACAUGGCAAAGUAAGAGAGAGAUGCAUGCCUGGAACCUGA